UUCCUACACACAGGUGUUCGUGUCUGGCUCAGUUGAAACGUGUUUGGCAGUGUGCUGCCAUCUGUCGGAGGAUGCUUUUUGUUGGUUCUCCAGCAGUGUGGAGGUGAAGGAGCUUCUCAUCUCGUUUGCUUAUAUCUGCCGCUACAAAGCAACCGUGUAAUGAACCGUCGGAACAACGUCCCGUUACCGAAAGGAGGAGUUCCGGUACACCCACAGCCGCCCGGCAGCUGCUUUCCCGCGAUGAACCGAGUCCCACCGGACUUCACAGAAGCAACGUUCCACGUGCCAGCGACGACGGCCCGCCGCACACACCGCAGCGCGUCGGACCGGGCUGCGACGCGACCAGCCGCGGCACGCGCAGGACGAGACGACUCUCUGGACCAAAGCACUGACGACGGUUCACAAAGGGUUGAAAUGUAUGAUCCUUACGACCCUGCCUCUUCAGACGCUGAGUAUGAGAAAUACCACAACAACUUUCCACCUGAUCAGGAUUACAACCCGGGACACCAGUGUUCGUCUCCAAGUAGAGACUUCCGUAAAAAACGCCGCUGGGCGUCAUGCUACUCCGACUCGGUGACCGUACAUGAUCGUAGCCCUGAAACCACCCAGAGUGACCGUCUCAGUCCAGGCCAUAGACUGCCUGAGCGACAGGUUUAUAGCCUCCACGGUGAAAAUCAGCCGGGUUGUGACUCCAUAAGUCGACCUCUGGCCCUCCUGGAGAGGCUUAUUCACGCCUCCUCCACCCAACAGUUUCCUGUAUCAUAUGGAGGACAGAGGGCCGACGGGGAGGAGAGGAAUACAUUCACAGAAUACAAAAGAGAGAUGAACACAACUGUUGGAUCAUCCCCGACCAGGUUACAGCCAGACUAUCAACAGUUGAAUUACUUGGGAACAGAAUGGGACCAAGUCCCACCUUCCACCAAGGUGCCAAGAAACAGGAGCAUCAAUGUAAUAAUGGACAAGAGCCCCAUCACGUGUGACCUUUGUGAUGUUGAGUUAGCCAAUGGUCAGGAGCUGGAGGAUCACUUGGAGAGCAAGAGUCACUGGGACACCCUUGAGCACAUCCAGCAGCAGCAUAGUUAUGACGAUAUGGCUAUAGCCUUCCUACAGGAGGUCAUGCUGUAUAAAAGCCAGCAAUGCAGCCGGGCAAUAGAGGAUGGUGCAGCUCAAGCUCUGCAGGAACAUGACCACAUGACAAAGAUUGAAAUGUUCCAAUGUGCAGCUUGCCGCGUCUUGGUAUCCACAUCUGCAUCGUCAGUGCACAUUCACAUUACUUCUCAGGAACACCUCACCAACAUAACGGAGUUUCAAGUGCAGCAGAGACGGUCUUGCCUCGACAAAGCAGAAACCAUGAUGAAGGAGCUGAAACCUCAAUACGAACACUUCCUGAAGGGUGGCAGUCCAUUUGAAUGAUGGAAAUCAUUGGAAGAAUCCAAAAAUGCUGUUCCACCCAGAGGCUGAUUUAAACAAUCACAGCGACACAUAAAAGUUGCGGCGCCACAACUGUACAGUACAUCCCGAAGAAAGCUUGAUGAUGAUGGCAUCAUCUUGCUUAUUCAUACAAUAUAGAUUUUCUUGUAUCAUUGUGCACAGUUUGUUAAUUUACAUAUUGUUCUCAACAGUAGCGUUAGUACUCCCAGCUCAUCACCAUUUGGUCUGUUAUUUUCUAAAUGUACAGAUUCAAAGUUUUUACAAUUUGUAUGAAAAAUUAUUCAACAAAGCCAACAUGUUUCUUUUUAAUUUUAUUUAGAACACAAAUGUUUUAAGCAUUGUAUCUGUGAUAUAGUACAUUUGAAAUAAAAUUAUUUAAACAUUAAAUAUAGGUGACAUGUAUGAAGGACUUUGUCAGCACUGGCUGUGUCGAGUGACUUUUUCCUUAACCAGUGAGUUAAAAUGUAUUAAACAAUGCAGUUAUUGAAAUACUAUAAAACACUUUCUAUGCAUAA